AUACAUAGAAAAGAAAAAGAAAGGUUGCAAACCCAAAAAUCUAGAUCUUUCUCUGUACGAAAAAUUUCCAAGAAGAGAAAAAAAUAGAAAAGUUUCAGACCCAAUAGUUUUUUGUUCUCAUUGCCCAGAUGGAUAUUUCUGUGGCUCUGUUUCUGAAAGAAUUUUCCUUCUUUUUCAGGUACUCAAUUAAUCUUGCGUAGCAGAGCACCACCUGUUUGAGAAAAGGGCCAAGUUGCUAUGGAUCCACAAGGGCAUAACCAACCCCAAUCUAUGGGGAUGGUAGGCAGUGGAGCUCAAUUGACAUAUGGUACUAACCCAUAUCAGCAUAAUCAAAUGGUUGGGAGCCCAAAUCCGGGGUCAGUUGCCGGAACAGUGGGAGCUAUUCAAUCAACUAGUCAAUCUGCUGGAGCUCAGCUUGCACAACACCAACUUGCUUAUCAGCAUAUCCACCACCAGCAACAGCAACAACUUCAGCAACAGCUGCAAUCUUUUUGGGCGAAUCAGUAUCAAGAAAUUGACAAGGUAACUGAUUUCAAGAACCAUAGCCUUCCCUUAGCAAGGAUCAAGAAGAUUAUGAAGGCUGAUGAGGAUGUGAGAAUGAUAUCAGCUGAGGCACCUGUAAUAUUUGCCAGGGCAUGUGAAAUGUUCAUAUUGGAACUGACAUUGCGGUCUUGGAAUCAUACGGAAGAGAAUAAGCGGAGGACACUUCAGAAGAAUGACAUUGCAGCUGCAAUCACAAGGACUGAUAUCUUUGAUUUCUUGGUAGACAUUGUGCCAAGAGAGGAUCUGAAAGAUGAGGUCCUUGCAUCAAUUCCAAGGGGAACAGUUUCUGUAGGAGGGCCGGGUGAUGCACUUCCAUACUGCUACAUGCCGCCUCAGCAUGCGCCUCAGGUUGGGGCUCCUGGGAUGAUUAUGGGUAAGCCUAUGAUGGACCCAUCUAUGUAUGCUCAACAGUCUCACCCUUACAUGGGUCAGCCAAUGUGGCAGCAGGCACCGGAGCAGCAGCAGUCACCAUCAGAUCAUUAGCGGGUGCAGCAUGGAAGUGAAGAAGGUGUAAGUUACUUUGUUUUUGUUCUCCAGGCUUGUGACUGAAAGCUGAGAAAGCAAAGUGGUGAUUUGAAUGUGUUGAAGAAAACUUUGGUUUUUGUAAUUAUAAUGCAAUUUCUUACCUUUUGUGCUUAACAUCUAGCAUCUUUCGUCUCGUAGACUCUUCGCUAUAAAACCAUAUGGUUGGUGAUGAUGCAGGUUGUGAACUGAUUUUUGUUAACUCUCUUUUAUAGUAAAAGAAUGGUUAUGAUUAAUAUACAUGUGGCUCUCACUGUUUUAGC